UUUAUUUCGGUUGCUUACUUCGAGCCACAGUCUAGAUUGUCUGGUGGUCGCGUGUGAUUCCCAGUCCCAUCAUUCCUCAUGAGCUCAGUCAUCCGGCCCGAAUCUGCAUCCGAAAAUAGUUGCGUCCAAGUCUAAUUCUUACGCUGGACGAAAGAACAUAUGACCAGGCGCCAUGGCGAUAUGGCCGUUUGGUCGGAAGAAUAAGCGGCAUACUGUCCAGUUGGAUACAGUUGCUGCGGCUGAUGUCCAUCUGCCACAAGAACCUCGCCUUAGCCUCGACGAUGCCAAUUUGAGAAGGAAACCUUCCCGCAAGAAAUCUAAACGACAAAAAAACAGACACUUACAGCCUGCUGACGAUCUCUCGGGUCCUGUUCAAGAUGCACCGCCUCUCUCUUCACAGCCGACUCUAUAUCCUCUACCUACGUCACAUAGCGAGCGGGUGAAAGGUGCACGGGGCUCGUCAGCCCGAACUGGUCUGACUCUGGAUGGCUAUAUGUCUCGUACUACCGUCGGUCAAGACCAGCCCUCACUGUCCCGAAAUGCGUCUUUGCGGAGACAAAACCGUUCUGAAACUGGGCCCGCGGUUCUGAAGAAAAAGCUAAGCAAGCGAAAGGCCUACGAGAUCGCCAGGGAGCGAGAAAUUCGUCUAAUGUCCUCAUCUCCCAUUGAUAUACCUCGUCGUUCCACUACCUUGCCUUGUGAACAAGGAUCUGCCUAUACCCGGAGAGGGCCUAGAACCCAGAGUCGUCGUUCAGACCGACACUUUUCUGACGUCAGCCUCCCGCUUCGCGACUCUGCAUCCUCACUAUCAGAUUACUCUGAAUCAUGCACGUUUAAAGUUAACGGCUUCGCUGCCUGGACUCCCCGUCCUGUUAUCCGCUAUGUGGAGGCUCCUCGUGUUCCCACAGCAAGAAGUCUAAAACCAUCUGAAGCGUCAACUCGGAGAGAAACGGCCACAGCUAUUUCCGUUUCAGAGGAUAAUCUCCGCUCGAAGAAAAGAGUUGACAACUUGGCCGACGACCUUGAUGCAGGUGCGUUGAGGGAGUUGCUAGAAAGAGAUCGCCGACGAAGGGAAAGGAAGAAAGCCGAAGAGUAUGAAAAACUCCAGCGCAAACUGCAGCGCGAGGCUGAGCGCCAAAGGUUGGAGGAAGAAAUUGCUAGUGGUUCUCACGACCACCAAGGUGAAUCGCAGGACAUGGCUGAAUCUCAGCGAGGUCGGUCGAGUGCCGAUUACCCUGCUGAAUCUAGAGAGUGCAUUGCUGAAGAUGCAUCUGGAUUAAACGAGACAAGACACAAUGCUCCCGGGGUUUCAACUGGUUCAUGGUUACGGGGUCUUUCUAAAGGCACCGAACGGAGUGACCGUCAAUCAUUCGAGAGCGUCCAUGUUAUUGGUAACAUUGAUGAUAGCUCCAUCCGGGAGCGGAGGUUGGGUAUGCGGCGCAGCUUCGCUCCAUCGCAGGAGAUGGGUAUGUCACGCAGCACUCUAUCGCCAUCUCAUUCACCGACAAGACGCGAGGUUUACAGUCCAACGUCCUCACAGGCAUACAAUCUUGGCAGGGAAUCUACCUCGGAUGUGUCCAGAACUAUUGACUCGGAGCGACGGCUAUCCGAUCAUAGCAGUGGGCGCGUGAACACAAUAACCUCCUUAUUUAGACGUGGUAGCUCACGCCUCAAGCGGCGCUACCGCGAACGUUUCCAAGACCGUGGUUCAGAAUUCUCGUCGAACACAUCGCAUGAAUCUUUCUUCAAGGUUCCGACACAGUCCUCAGGGCCUCCUCCAUAUGUCCCCCCAAAAACUUUCUUACAUUCCGGUUCAGUGAAACGUUCCCAAUCUAAAUUCAGGGAACAUUUCGGUGACGAGCCCUUAUCGCCCCCUGACUCACGGCUACAAUCGCCCGAUAUUCCUGAGGAGCCCUUUGAACAGUCUGAAAUGGAAACUGAGAAAUCUGAAUUGCAUGAGAAAACGCGGUAUCCAAUUCCCGGGUCUGAUUCGGAACCUCAGGAUGCUCGUGGAAACCGUCACUAUUCUUGGGGCGAUAGCAUGGAAGGGGACGCCGAUAACAUUCCUCUAUCUCAAUCGCUGGCAUCAAUAGAUUCAGAAGGGUCUUGGAUGUCAGGCCAAUUCCUUCGUCGUAUCUCUCAGAGGACGAGCACCCCAGCCCGACCAAGCCUUAGCUCCUCAAGAAACAGAUUGGACGAAGAACGUGAAGAGCCACCUAAGGAGGAAGAGAUCACGGGUAACGAACAACUUGUCAAGUUUAGUACCAACCACGAUGAGACUACCAGAGCCAGCCACGUACUUGGCGAGCAAGACAACGACUUUGAAAUGGUUAAUGCACCAGAGCCGACUGAGGAGACCUGGCAUGAUGAGAUUGCAAAGCGUCCUGUGCUUGUCAACCCAGCAGUCCGGCCUAAGUCGAACGAGGGUCUGCUCAAUAAUGUUCAAUCUAUGUGUGCGAUAUCCAUGGAAGAGGAGUUCAGUCCUAUCGAAGAACAUCCAGCUGAAUUUUAUUUUGAGACCAACGAUGACUAUGACGGCCGCCAUGGCCAUUAGGAUAUUACCACUGCAUCGGGCAGUUAACCCAUGGCCAAACUUGACUGGGGCCUUAUUACCGAGCCUGACCUUGGUAAUGUGAUGUUCAUUCGCCGUCCUUUGAUUUUCUCCUUGGCGUUCUUUCGU